UCAUUUGCGGGAAGAUGAAGACUUUGUGGAUAUUAGUUAUCUUUGGAUUAUAUACAUGGAUGGCAGAAAAUACACAUGUUUUGACUACAGAAUCUACAAAGGAAUAUGCUUGUGAUUUUACCAUUUAUGAUAGAAAUCAUGAUGGGAGUAUCCUAAAAAGUGAGUUUCUGCAGUACUCCAUCGACCAGGGUUACCACGCUUUCCAAAGCGAGAACGUUUUCCACAUCAUGGAUGGAAAUGAUGAUGGCCAGAUAGAAGUAUCUGAGUUUGUGGCAAGUCUACAAAAAUUGAAAGAAGCGUCGAUGUUGAAACCGUGCAAACGUAUGGGAGGUUUUUGGAGUUGGAGUAGAAAUAUCACAUCAUCGGGUGGAGUAAGACGGGUGCGUUAAGGGACGUAGAAGAAAGCAAAUCUAUGCUUUAUAAAUUAUCAAA